GUUGUACGUUUCUACUUUAGAGAUAUUUGAAACCACUGUUUUAUUUGAAAUUGAAAUGGAUUAUAGCCUAAAGCGUGUGAAACAAGGGAUAAACGUCACCAAUUUGACGAUAAUAUUACAUUGUGGACAACCUACUCCGAGCGUCGCAACUUUCAUUG